GGUGGUGCUAGAGGCGACCCGCGGGAUUGUAGGGCGACGGCGCUGCCGCCAUUUUGUGGGGUGUUUGUCGCAGCGGCCGAGGAGGGAAGACGACAUUUCUCGGCCGAAGGGCCAUUUGCUUUUGCGGAGGUAGGGUUGCAGAUGCUAUGUGCUGGGCCAGGCGGCUGUCGGUCUUUAAAAGGUCUCCGAGCCAGGUGUCGGAGAAACGACCGCGUUAGGGGCCUGGGCUUCUGGAGCUGAGUUGGGAGUUCUGCGGGGCGCUGCUCGGCUGGUGCACGCCGGAAGCACCGAAAGUUGCUCGGGCGUCGCGGUUCUGCCGCUGACCCUUCUCUGAGGGCCCUGGCCGCUCGCGUCGCGGUUCCGGAGGCCGUGGGCUCGCCGUCCCCUGCUGGCUGGCGAGCGCGGCUCUUGGUUAACCCUGUCGGGACCUCUUUAGGCGGCGGGCGCUAGGACCUGUCGGGAGACCCUUCGAGAGCCGUCUCCGGCUUUCGUGCUGUCGGAGAUCAAGUCUUCCCCUGGAUUCCUGGCCGGGGCCGUUUGUAGCGUUUCGGGGGUUUUCCAGAGUCAAGCAUUUGCCCCUGUCUUGAGUGCGCCAAAGGCACUGGCCGGGUGCCCAGGAGCCUGGAGGUGGGGACCGGGCGUCCGUGCAAAUCCAGGUGGCUGAGGGCAGUAGCUGCUUGUGAGAGGUGGAAAUUUGCGGAGGCUGGUCCUCUGUACUAUGCUGAACACAACAUUGUUGCAGCGAACCUGCAUUUCUGAUGCGGCAUUCCAAAAGAACUCACUGUCCUGAUUGGGAUAGCAGAGAAAGCUGGGGACAUGAAAGCUACCGUGGAAGUCACAAGCGGAAGAGGAGAUCUCAUAGUAGCACACAAGAGAACAGGCAUUGUAAACCACAUCACCAGUUUAAAGAAUCUGAUUGUCAUUAUUUAGAAGCAAGGUCCUUGAAUGAGCGAGAUUAUCGGGACCGGAGAUACGUUGACGAAUACAGGAAUGACUACUGUGAAGGAUAUGUUCCUAGACAUUAUCACAGAGACAUUGAAAGCGGUUAUCGAAUCCACUGCAGUAAAUCUUCAGUCCGCAGCAGGAGAAGCAGUCCUAAAAGGAAGCGCAAUAGACACUGUUCAAGUCAUCAGUCACGUUCGAAGAGCCACCGAAGGAAAAGAUCCAGGAGUAUAGAGGAUGAUGAGGAGGGUCACCUGAUCUGUCAAAGUGGAGACGUUCUAAGAGCAAGAUAUGAAAUCGUGGACACUUUGGGUGAAGGAGCCUUUGGCAAAGUUGUAGAGUGCAUUGAUCAUGGCAUGGAUGGCAUGCAUGUAGCAGUGAAAAUCGUAAAAAAUGUAGGCCGUUACCGUGAAGCAGCUCGUUCAGAAAUCCAAGUAUUAGAGCACUUAAAUAGUACUGAUCCCAAUAGUGUCUUCCGAUGUGUCCAGAUGCUAGAAUGGUUUGAUCAUCAUGGUCAUGUUUGUAUUGUAUUUGAACUGCUGGGACUUAGUACUUAUGAUUUCAUUAAAGAAAACAGCUUUCUGCCAUUUCAAAUCGACCACAUCAGGCAGAUGGCAUAUCAGAUCUGCCAGUCAAUAAAUUUUUUACAUCAUAAUAGAUUAACCCAUACAGAUCUGAAGCCUGAAAAUAUUUUAUUUGUGAAGUCUGACUAUGUAGUCAAAUAUAAUUCUAAAAUGAAACGUGAUGAACGCACACUGAAAAACACAGAUAUCAAAGUUGUUGACUUUGGAAGUGCAACGUAUGAUGAUGAACAUCACAGUACUUUGGUAUCUACCCGGCACUACAGAGCUCCCGAGGUCAUUUUGGCUUUAGGUUGGUCUCAGCCGUGUGAUGUUUGGAGCAUAGGUUGCAUUCUUAUUGAAUAUUACCUUGGUUUCACAGUCUUUCAGACUCAUGAUAGUAAAGAGCACCUGGCAAUGAUGGAACGAAUAUUAGGACCCAUACCACAACACAUGAUUCAGAAAACAAGAAAACGCAAGUAUUUUCACCAUAACCAGCUAGAUUGGGAUGAACACAGUUCUGCUGGUAGAUAUGUUAGGAGACGCUGCAAACCAUUAAAGGAAUUUAUGCUUUGUCAUGAUGAAGAACAUGAGAAACUGUUUGACCUGGUUCGAAGAAUGUUAGAAUAUGAUCCAACUCAAAGAAUUACCUUGGAUGAAGCAUUGCAGCAUCCUUUCUUUGACUUAUUAAAAAAGAAAUGAAAUGGGAAUCAGUGGUCUUACUAUAUACUUCUCUAGAAGAGAUUACUUAAGACUGUGUCAGUCAACUAAACAUUCUAAUAUUUUUGUAAACAUUAAAUUAUUUUGUACAGUUAAGUGUAAAUACUGUAUGUUUUGUAUCAAUAGCGUAAUUAACUUGUUAAGCAAGUAUGGUCUUGAUAAUGCAAUAGAAAAAUUAAAAUUAAUUUUUCUUUUUGAAAUUACCAUUUUUAAAUACCUUUGAAAUAUCCUUUGUGUCCAGUGAUAAAUGUGAUUGAUCUUGCCUUUUGUACAUGGAGGUCACCUCUGAAGUGAUUUUCUUUGAGUAAAAGGAAAUCUUGACUACUUUAUAUUCUUAAAGGAAUAUUCUUUAUAUACUUCAAAUUUAGAACUUAACUUUAAAAGUUUUUUUUUCUGUAAUUGUUGAACGGGUGAUUAUUAUUAACUCUAGAUAAGCAGGUACUAGAAACCAAAACUCAGAAAAUGUUUACUGUUAGAAUUCUAUUAAAUUUUAAGUGUUGUAUUCUUUUUCAUUGGGUGAUAUCAGGGUGAUAAGCAGACAUUCAUGGAAAGGCAUGCAGUUUGUCCAUUGUGACAGUUUGUUUAAUAAAACCACAUACACACUUUAUUUAAGAUUAAAAUCUAACUGGAAAGUCAGCUUGGAAAAUGGACAUUUCCAAGUAUGUUUGGUGAGUCACAGAUAUAAAAAUAGAAAUUCUGAUGAGAGGUUUCAGUUUUUAAUACCAAGUCCUUAGGAGUCUUAACAUUGACCAGCAUCUGUUUAUCGAAUGACAUAAGUAUGUAAACCUAUAAGAAUUAAGGUUAUUAGGCAAUUUAUGUUUGUGAUAAUUCUUACGGGAGAAAGAGGAUUUGAUUGGAAAUCAUUUUGGGAAGAAAGUGCUGCUGAAAUUUCCGGAAUUUAAUUGAUUGGUUAACAUAAACUUUUUGACUCUAGGGUUUGUGGUUGUUGUUCUUUUACUGUCCUUGUUUUCACAUAAAAACUAUAUGGAGCCAGGCCCAGUGAUGCCUGUAAUCCCAGCACUUCGGGAGACUGAGGCAGGCAGAUCACCUGAGGCCAGGAGUCUGAGACCAGCCUGGCCAACAUGGUGAAACCCUGUCUCUACUAAAGAUACAAAAAAAUUGCUGGGUGUGGUGGCGCGCGCCUGUAAUCCCAGCUACUCAGCUACUCGGGAGGCUGAGGCAUGAGAAUUGCUUGAAUCCAGGAGGCGGAGUUUGCAGUGAGCUGAGAUUGCACCACUGCACUCCAGCCUGGGCGACAGAGCCAGACUUCAUCUCAAAAAAAGAAAAAACAAAACAAAAACCCAGUAUGUAGUAAAUUACUUACUUGGGCAAGAGAAAAAAAAGUCUGUUGCUAUGGUUCAGUCAGCCAGGUAGGAAUAUUUUUUGUUGUAGAAUUCCUAAGUGCUUAUUUCCAGAUGUAGGUUAAUUUUUGUUAAAAGUAUCCCUAUUUCAUAAGUGCAUUACACAAAUAUUGGAGUUUUAUCUGUUUGUGUUUUGUUUUGUUUUUUAGACUGAGUCUUGCUCUGUUGUCCAAGUUGGAGUACAGUGGCGUGAUCUCGGCUCACUGCAACCUUCUGCCUCCUGGGUUCAAGCGAUUCUCUUGCCUCAGCUUCCCGAGUGGCUGGGAUUACAGGCAUGCGCCACCAGGCCCAGCUAAUUGUUGUAUUUUUAGCAGAGGCAGCGUUUCACCAUGUUGACCAGGCUGGUCUCAAACUCCUGACCUCAAGUGAUCCUCCUGCCUCGGCCUCCCAAAGUGCUGGGAUUACAGGCAUGAGCCACUGUGCCUGGCUAAUCUGUUUAUGUAUUUUAAACAUAAAAUGCAUGGGAUUUUCUUGUAGGACAAAUAAUGAAACCAAGCUUGGUUUCCUAUGUUACUUAGGGGCAACAUUUGUCAGUACAGUAAGGCUGUGUUCCUAAAGUAGACUAGGAGUUUAAGAAAGCUGAAACAAAAAGUUUGUUGUAGAAUAACUGCAUACAUUAUGUUUAGGCCUCCGAUGUAGUCCAAAUACAGUGACUGUAUGUGAUAAUUUUUUUAAAGCAGCAUUUGAUGUUUAAAAACAAGGUUUUUCCUGAGUCUCAGAGCUCUACAGAUUAAGGUGUUUGCUAUCCUUUAUUUUCCCUUUCAUUUUCUUUUUUCCAGUGCCAUUGUACUACCCAAGCCUCCUGUUCUUUCCCCCAAUAAGUGCUUCAAGUUCCCAAAUUAGUGUUUACUUUCUUUUAACAACUCAUUCUCAGAGUAGCUGAUCUCAGGAUAUAGGAAGAAAGAAAAAUAUUCACAUUAUUUCUUACUAAGAAGUUAUUGAUUGCUAACCCCCUGUCUCUUCUGAAAGUUUACGUUCUUCACAAAGGGUAUUUGCUAAUUUCUAGGCCUAAUUCAUGGAACUUCAGGAAUUCAAAGGAAACUUUAAAAAAUUAGGAUAGAUGAAAUGCUUAGAGGUUAGGGUGGUACCUCUGGGAUCAUUGAGUGUCUUUUGCCAACCUUCCUUCCCCUCUUCUUUGAGCUUUCAGGUUCCUACUCUUAAUUGCCUUUUUUCCUUGUAUUUCUGAACUCAUUUUCUCAAGUUCCAAGGUUUUUUUGUUUUUUGUUUUUUGUUUGUUUGUUUGUUUUUUUUUUUUUUUUUUUUUUUUUUUUUUUUUUUUUUUUUUUUUUUUUUUUUUGACA